ACACAGCAUAACCAUGUAGCCACACUUACAUAACCAUGACUUGGGGGCAGGACUCCGCUGUGAGUGGACUGCCCGGGACCAGGGAGAUGGUAUUAAGCAGAGCCUGACUUUUCCUGUCAGGCUCGUCUUGAGAAUCAUCAGUAGGACUCUCUCCAGCCAGGCUCACUCGGCGCUCCCAGAGCCUCGGGUUGUGUCCUCAUUUAGGACAGAGUCUUCACACUGCAGCUGUCUCCAGAUUUGACCGAGAGGCUGAGUUCUCUAUAGGAACACCCACAUUUGUAUGGAUGAUUGGGGAAAGAUAGCGGCAGCAGACAAGGAAAAAGCAUCCUGACCUCCCGAGAACAUGAGUAUGCUAAAACCCAGCGGGCUGAAGGCCCCUACCAAGAUCCUUAAGCCGGGAAGCACAGCCUUGAAGACGCCUGCUGCUGCUGCAGCUCCAGUGGAGAAGACAAUACCCAGUGAGAAAGCCUCAGGCCCUCCAUCCUCCGAGACCCAAGAGGAGUUUGUGGAUGACUUUCGAGUUGGAGAACGUGUUUGGGUGAACGGGAAUAAGCCCGGAUUUAUCCAGUUUCUUGGGGAAACUCAGUUUGCACCAGGCCAGUGGGCUGGGAUUGUUUUAGACGAGCCCAUAGGGAAGAACGAUGGCUCGGUGGCAGGAGUGCGGUAUUUCCAGUGUGAACCUUUAAAGGGCAUAUUCACCCGACCUUCAAAGCUAACGAGGAAGGUGCAGGCAGAAGAUGAAGCCAAUGGCCUGCAGGCAGCUCCUGGGAGAACUGCUUCACCUCUGUCCACUGCUGCAGCUACCAUGGUGUCUUCUUCUCCAGCCACUCCCUCAAAUAUUCCCCACAAACCGUCCCAGUCAACGGCAAAAGAACCUUCGGCUACACCUCAAAUUAGCAACCUUACAAAAACUGCCAGUGAGUCGAUCUCCAACCUUUCAGAGGCUGGCUCUGUCAAGAAGGGGGAGCGGGAGCUCAAGAUCGGAGACAGGGUGCUGGUUGGUGGCACUAAGGCUGGCGUAGUCCGCUUUCUUGGCGAGACCGACUUUGCCAAGGGGGAGUGGUGUGGUGUGGAGUUAGACGAGCCUUUGGGGAAGAACGAUGGUGCUGUUGCCGGAACAAGGUAUUUUCAGUGUCAACCCAAAUAUGGAUUGUUCGCUCCUGUCCACAAAGUGACAAAGAUUGGCUUCCCGUCUACUACCCCAGCCAAAGCCAAAGCCGCCGCCGUGAGACGAGUGAUGGCCGCCACGCCCGCCAGCCUGAAGCGAAGCCCUUCUGCCUCCUCCCUCAGCUCCAUGAGCUCCGUGGCCUCCUCUGUGAGCAGCAAACCCAGCCGGACAGGACUAUUGACUGAAACCUCUUCCCGCUACGCCCGCAAGAUCUCGGGCACCACUGCCCUCCAGGAGGCGCUGAAGGAGAAGCAGCAGCACAUUGAGCAGCUGCUGGCUGAGCGGGACCUGGAGCGGGCCGAGGUGGCCAAGGCUACCAGCCACGUGGGGGAAAUAGAGCAGGAGCUAGCCCUGGCCCGAGAUGGGCAUGACCAGCAUGUCCUGGAACUAGAGGCCAAGAUGGACCAGCUACGGACCAUGGUGGAAGCUGCUGACAGGGAGAAAGUGGAGCUGCUCAACCAGCUGGAAGAGGAGAAGAGGAAGGUUGAGGACCUUCAGUUCCGAGUUGAGGAAGAAUCAAUUACCAAAGGCGAUCUUGAGCAAAAGAGCCCGAUUUCUGAAGAUCCCGAGAAUACGCAGACCAAACUGGAGCAUGCCCGCACUAAGGAGCUUGAACAGAGCCUGCUCUUUGAAAAGACCAAAGCUGACAAACUCCAGAGGGAGUUAGAAGACACUAGGGUGGCUACCGUCUCAGAAAAGUCCCGGAUAAUGGAACUAGAAAAGGACCUAGCAUUGCGAGCACAGGAAGUAGCUGAGCUCCGAAGAAGGCUCGAGUCCAGUAAGCCUCCUGGGGAUGUGGAUAUGUCUCUCUCCCUUUUGCAAGAAAUCAGUGCUUUGCAAGAAAAGCUAGAAGCCAUCCAUACUGACCACCAGGGCGAGAUGACUUCUCUGAAGGAGCACUUCGGAGCUCGAGAGGAGGUGUUUCAGAAGGAGAUCAAGGCUCUGCACACGGCCACUGAGAAGCUUUCCAAAGAGAACGAGUCCCUGAGAAGCAAGCUCGACCACGCUAAUAAGGAGAACUCCGAUGUGAUAGCUCUAUGGAAGUCCAAACUGGAGACCGCCAUAGCAUCCCACCAGCAGGCAAUGGAGGAGCUGAAGGUGUCCUUUAGCAAAGGGAUUGGAACGGACUCGGCUGAAUUUGCUGAGUUAAAGACACAGAUAGAGAGACUGAGACUAGAUUACCAGCACGAGAUAGAAACUUUACAGAGUAAACAGGACUCGGAGCGGUCUGCUCACGCUAAAGAGAUGGAGACCAUGCAGGCCAAGCUGAUGAAGAUCAUUAAAGAGAAGGAGGACAGCCUGGAGGCCGUCAAAGCGAGACUGGACAGUGCGGAAGACCAGCACCUAGUGGAAAUGGAGGACACGCUAAACAAACUGCAGGAGGCGGAGAUUAAGGUAAAGGAGCUAGAGGUUCUGCAGGCCAAGUACACUGAACAAAGCGAGGUCAUUGGUAAUUUUACAUCGCAGCUCAGUGCUGUCAAAGAAAAGCUCUUGGAUCUUGAUGCGCUUCAGAAAGCCAAUUCCGAAGGUAAACUGGAGUGCGAGACACUUAGACAGCAGCUUGAGGGAGCUGCAAAGCAUAUUAAAAACUUAGAGACUGAAAGGAACGCUGAAAGUAGCAAGGCUAAUAGCAUUACCAAAGAGCUCCAGGAAAAAGAGCUAGUGCUCGCUGGUCUGCAGGACAGUUUGAAUCAAGUCAAGCAAGUGAAGGAGGCUUUGGAGAAAGAACUUCAGACUUUGAAAGAAAAGUUUGCCAGUACUUCAGAGGAGGCGGUGUCUGCUCAGACAAGGAUGCAAGAUACCGUAAAUAAACUGCACCAAAAGGAGGAACAGUUUAAUGUGUUGUCGUCUGAACUGGAGAAGUUGAGAGAAAAUUUAACAGACAUGGAGGCAAAAUUUAAAGAGAAGGAUGAUCGAGAAGAUCAGCUGGUAAAGGCAAAGGAAAAAUUAGAAAACGACAUUGCCGAAAUAAUGAAGAUGUCAGGAGAUAACUCUUCUCAGCUGACAAAGAUGAAUGAUGAAUUGCGUCUGAAGGAAAGAUCCGUGGAAGAGCUACAGCUCAAGCUGACAAAGGCUAAUGAAAACGCCAGUUUUCUGCAGAAGAGUAUUGGGGAGGUAACUCUUAAAGCUGAGCAGAGUCAGCAGCAAGCAGCCAGAAAACAUGAAGAAGAAAAGAAAGAGUUGGAGAAAAAACUGUUGGAACUGGAAAAGAAGAUGGAAACAAGCUAUAACCAGUGUCAGGACCUGAAAGCUAAGUAUGAAAAAGCCAGUUCUGAGACUAAAACACAGCAUGAGGAAAUUCUGCAGAACCUCCAGAAGAUGCUGGCAGACACCGAGGAGAAACUGAAGGCUGCUCAGGAGGCGAACAGAGAUCUGAUGCAGGACAUGGAGGAGCUGAAAACACAGGCCGACAAAGCCAAAUCGCUAACUUAUUUGUUAACAUCAGCCAAAAAAGAGAUUGAAGUGAUGUCAGAAGAGCUGAGGGGUCUGAAAUCAGAGAAGCAGCUCUUUGCCCAGGAGGCUAAUGCUUUAAAGUUAGAGAAAGGGUCUCUUUUAUCAAAGCUGAUAGAAGUGGAGACCAAGAUCACUUUGCUUCAGGAAGACCAGCAGAAACUGUGGUCGGUAAACGAAACCCUCCACUUAGAAAAGGAGAGAGUCUCGGAAGAGAAGCAGGUCGCCGAGAAGCGCUAUCAGCAGGAGCACCGGGACAGAGAGUCCCUGGUGGCCGAGAGAGAGAAACUACUUAAGGAGAUCAACGCUGCCCAGGAAGAACUCCUGAAGAUGCACAUGGAGAACGACUCCCUGGAAGCCUCCAAGGUGAGCAUGCAGGUGCUCAUCGAGGAGCUCCGCUUCUGCAAGGACAAGCUGAUGGCCAUGUCGGAGAAGGCGCGCGCUGAGAAAGAGCACCUGGAGGGCCAGGUCAAGAAGCUCACCGCUGAGAACUUGGUCCUGGUCAAAGACAAGGAUGACGUCAUCCAGAAGCUGCAGAGCGCCUACGAGGAGCUCGUCAAGGACCAGAAGGCCCUGGUCCAAGAGAUCGAGGACCUCACGACUGAGAAGAAGUCAGCUGCGGAGAAGCAGAUGAGCCUGGACAACACCUGCCUCACCCUGAAGGCCGAGCGGGAGAACCUUCUCCAGACCAACCGAGACCUGCAGUUUGAGAAGGACACGCUGCGCCAGGGCCAGGAGAAGCUGAGCGCCAGCCUGGAGGCCACCCUGCAGGUCAAACAGCUGCUCAGCACGGAGGCGGAGACCCUGCGCACGCAGCUGGACUGCGCCAGCAAAGCGCUGAGGAAGGCGGAGCUGGAUAUGAGACAGCUCCAGACCUCGAACGCCAGCCUCACCAAACUCCUGGAAGAGAUUAAGACCUGCCGCGCCAUCACGGACUCCGAGUGUAUCCAGCUCCUCCACGAGAAGGAGAGCUUGGCGGCCUCCGAGCGGACCCUCCUGGCAGAGAAGGAGGAGCUGCUCAGUGAGAAUAGAAUCAUCACCGAGAAACUCAGCAAACAAUCAGAAGAGGUGGCCCGGCUCGAGAUGGGCCUGAACGAGAAGAUCACGUACUUAACGUCCGAGAAGGAGGUGGCCUGCCAGAAAGUCGCUAAGCUGAAAAAGCAGCAGGAUAGUCUCCUGAAGGAGAAGUCGGCCCUGGAGCUGCAGAACGGAGAUCUGCUCGCUGACAGGGAAAGUUCUAUCAAGACCAUAGGGGAUCUGAGAAGGAAGUACGACCAAGAGGCUACAAACAGGCGAAUCGUUAUGCAGGAGAAGAUGAAGCUGCUCGGUAACAUCGAUGCCCUCAAGAAGGAGCUGCAGGAAAGAAAGAAGGAAAACCAGGAGUUGACGAGCAGCAAGUGCGACCUCUCCUUGUUGCUGAAAGAGGCUCAGGAUGCCAAAAAGAAUCUCGAAAAAGAGCACACUAGCAUGAUACAGGCGAAGGAGAACUUGAACGCUGAGCUGAAGACCUGUUGCUGCGAGAAGAACAUGUUGCUGAGGGAUGGCCUGAACCUGCAGGAAGAGUGUCAGAAGCUAAAUGAGGAGAUUCGGGAAAUCCAGCAGACACUAAUCCUGGAGAAGGAGGCCAGGGCCAAGGAGAGCGAGACCUCUUUGUACGAGAACAACAAGCUGCAUGGGAGAGUAGUGCUCCUGGAGGAAGAGAUACAGAGGCUGAGGGUGUGCAGCGAGCAGCUCCAGACUGAGAAUUUCACACUUACCCAAGAGAAGACCAACUCAGAGCAGAAGGUGGAGGAGAUCAUUAAGGAAAAGGAGCUCCUGAGUGCAGAGACGGCUCAGCUCGCGGCCAACAUCGAGACCCUCAAAAGCGACUUCGCUGCCCUUUCCAAGUCCAAGUUGGAACUGCAAGAACUACACAGCUGCCUCACCAAGAUCCUAGAUGACCUGCGGCUGAACCACGAGGUGGCCGUGACCGAGAGGGCCGAGGUGCUCCAGGACAACAAGAACCUCCUGGCCGAGAAACGGGAGAUGAUGCUGAGAAAUGAAGAGGCGCUGAAGGAGAAGGAGAAGCUGGAAGAGAGCUACUUCAUCCUUCAGAAAGAGAUUAGCCAGCUGGCCCAGACCAACAGCCACAUCUCAGCCAACCUCCUAGAGUCCCAAAGCGAGAACCGGACUCUGAGGAAAGACAAGAGCAAGCUUACCCUUAAAAUUAGAGAGCUUGAGACCCUUCAUUCGUUCACGGCUGCUCAGACUGCAGAAGACGCCAUGCAGAUCAUGGAACAGAUGACCAAAGAGAAAACAGAAACGCUGGCCUCCUUGGAGGACACCAAGCAAACAAAUGCAAGACUACAGAAUGAAUUGGACACACUUAAGGAAAACAACUUGAAAACUGUGGAAGAGCUGAACAAGUCAAAAGAACUGCUGAAUGUAGAGAACCAAAAAAUGGAAGAAUUCAAGAAAGAAAUAGAAACCCUAAAGCAGGCAGCAGCUCAGAAGUCCCAGCAGCUUUCAGCACUGCAGGAAGAGAACGUCAAACUUGCCGAGGAGCUGGGGAGAACGCGGGACGAAGUCACAAGUCAUCAGAAGCUGGAAGAAGAACGAUCUGUACUCAAUAAUCAGUUGUUAGAAAUGAAAAAGAGAGAAUCCGAGUUCAGAAAGGACGCCGAUGAAGAGAAAGCCUCCUUGCAGAAGUCUAUCAGCCUCACCAGUGCCUUGCUCACAGAGAAGGACGCGGAACUGGAGAAGCUGAGGAAUGAGGUCACAGUGCUCAGGGGAGAGAAUGCCACCGCCAAGUCCCUGCACUCAGUUGUGCAGACACUGGAGUCUGAUAAGGUGAAGCUUGAGCUCAAGGUCAAAAACUUGGAACUUCAACUCAAGGAGAACAAGAGGCAGCUCAGCAGCUCCUCAGGUAACACUGAUGCUCAGGCAGAAGAGGAUGAGAGAGCCCAGGAGAGUCAGCAAAUGAUUGAUUUCCUUAACUCGGUAAUAGUGGAUCUUCAAAGAAAGAAUCAAGACCUCAAGAUGAAGGUGGAGAUGAUGUCUGAAGCUGCACUCAAUGGCAAUGGGGAAGAUCUGAACAGUUAUGACAGUGAUGACCAGGAGAAGCAGUCCAAGAAGAAACCCCGCCUCUUCUGUGACAUCUGUGACUGCUUUGACCUCCACGAUACAGAGGACUGUCCCACCCAGGCACAGAUGUCGGAAGAUCCUCCCCAUUCCACUCACCACGGCAGCCGGAGCGAGGAGCGGCCAUACUGUGAGAUCUGUGAGAUGUUUGGGCACUGGGCAACCAACUGCAAUGACGAUGAGACCUUCUGAGGAAGCCGGGAGGGCAGGAAGGGCUUCCCCAACCGACCGACCGACGCCGGCUCCUCAGCGGCUCCCCGCCAGCAUUGGAGUGCAACUUCAGAAGAGCUCCUUAUUUUUUGACCCCUGUCAACAAAUCUGAGAAAAUAUUUUGAUCUUCAACAAGUUUCCCUUUCAUUUCCCCUCGUAAGUUAAAAUAAUAAUAAAUAUUUGGUAGGUGGGUUUGCACUUCCGUCCUUGCUUUCUGGAUUUUUAAGGUUUAAGACAUUGUACCAGGCGCAGUUCCUGUUUGUUCCUAGAGAAACCCUCGGGACAAGUGGGACCCUGGCAGUAUCUUAUUUAGGAAAUUUCAAAUGAUGCCGUUGACUCUCAUAUUUGCACUAAAAUGUUUCCUGGCUACAUCUGUAUAUUUAGGUCGUUGUUGUUGUUGUUAUGCUUUGACACUGGAAUGAGUUGCAAAAAAACCCUGCGCCACUUUGCGAUUUCCUGCCUCGUUUAAAUACUCUCAUCUCUAAACCCCAAGCUCUUCUCUUCGCACUCCCUGCUCUCAGGGGGGCCUUUUUCCAGGCUUGACAAUACUUAGGUGUGACUAUAAAUCAUGAAAACAGGUAAAAGGGAGGGGAAAGCCCCGAACUGCUGUGGGGACAUUUUCUAAUCUAUAUGCUGCACCCAUGGACCGACAGUGGUGUUUUCUUUACUGGUUUUACAUAAUUUCAACGUCUAUAUAUUAUAUGUAUAUAUAUUUUUAAAAGAAUCUAUAUUUUGGGAAAAAGUCUAUACAAUGUGUCUUCUUUUCAGAUUUUUUUACCUUUAUGAAAAAGAAAACAUCUAAAGGCUCACCAGCAUGUGACCGACUGGGCCCGAGACUGGCUCUGCGGUGGUCUCUGCGGUGAGGUUCCAGCCAUCGUCUUUGUCUCCAUGAUGUUUCUUAGCCAGAUCUGAGUAGCUGGAAGAACGGUCUCUGGCUCCUUGCUUGUGUUUCCCUUCCUUAGCAGAUAACCCCAGCAGCAAACUAAGCCACUCUUCCGAGAGCUAAGCUAACUGAUCUACAACCGUCCUUUAUACAUUUGUGGGGUGUGUGUGUUUGUUUGUUUUUUACUGUAUUUUUAAUGAAUGUAUGAUGAGAAAUUCAACAUGAAUAAUUUUGAAUUUUCUUAUCACAAAAAAAGAUAAAACAAAGGACCUCAACCAACUGAAGAGUUGACCCCGCCAGUCUGCGUCUCUUUGUCUUCACUUGAAUGUCUUUGAGAAUAUGUAAAAAGGAGCCACAUGCACCUCCAUGCAGUGUGCAGGAUGAGAACUUCCGUCAUUGUAUAUAGGCCUCUGCCCUGUCUCCCCUUAAGGUUAUCGACUGUGCUUGAUGAGUGAGUAGUCAAAACAUCUGCUGCCAGUCGGCAUUCUGGGUUAAUAAAACUAUAGGAAUUAUUUCACAAAAUAUGGAAAGCAGUAUUAAAAUCUGAGUUCUGUAUCUACUUUAAUAAAUGUUUUGGGUCUCUUU